UGUAUCCCUGCGCCUCUCGGCGGCGGCGGGCGUAGAGCGAGGUCGCGGCUGCCAUUUGUUUUUUUAAAAAGGGAAUGGUGGCUGCCAUCAGCGUCGGAUGUUAAAUUUUGUAGCGGUGUCCGACUCUCAGGGAGUAACAUUUUGGAACAGAAAGAGAACGUUAGUUUUUUCCAAGGAAGCUUCAUAGUAGAAGCAAUUUUUGUUUUAUUUUUUUAAGUUUUUUUUUUAAGUUAUGGCAGAUAUCGACAAGCUUAAUAUAGACAGCAUCAUUCAGCGGCUUUUGGAAGUGAGGGGCUCUAAACCGGGAAAGAAUGUACAACUGCAAGAAAAUGAAAUUAGGGGUCUUUGUCUAAAAUCUCGUGAGAUCUUUCUUAGCCAACCUAUUUUACUUGAACUUGAAGCACCUCUUAAAAUUUGUGGCGAUAUCCAUGGCCAGUACUAUGAUUUGCUACGGUUAUUUGAAUAUGGAGGUUUUCCACCAGAGAGUAACUAUUUAUUUCUUGGGGACUAUGUUGACAGAGGGAAACAGUCCUUGGAGACUAUUUGUCUGCUGUUGGCCUAUAAGAUUAAAUAUCCCGAAAAUUUUUUCUUGCUGAGAGGGAAUCAUGAAUGUGCCAGCAUCAACAGAAUAUAUGGCUUUUAUGAUGAAUGUAAAAGGCGAUAUAACAUUAAGUUAUGGAAGACUUUCACGGACUGUUUCAAUUGCUUACCAAUAGCAGCCAUUGUGGAUGAAAAAAUUUUCUGUUGCCAUGGAGGGCUCUCUCCUGAUCUCCAGUCCAUGGAACAGAUAAGAAGAAUUAUGCGACCCACUGAUGUACCAGACCAGGGUCUUUUGUGUGAUCUGUUGUGGUCGGAUCCAGAUAAAGAUGUUCUUGGAUGGGGAGAAAAUGAUAGAGGGGUUUCUUUCACCUUUGGUGCAGAGGUUGUAGCCAAAUUCCUACAUAAACAUGAUUUGGAUUUGAUAUGUCGGGCUCAUCAAGUUGUUGAAGAUGGCUACGAGUUCUUUGCUAAAAGGCAACUUGUGACUUUAUUUUCUGCACCUAACUACUGUGGUGAAUUUGACAACGCAGGUGCUAUGAUGAGCGUUGAUGAAACCCUUAUGUGUUCUUUUCAGAUUUUAAAACCAGCAGAAAAGAAAAAGCCUAAUGCCAGUCGGCCAGUUACACCACCAAGAAAUAUGAUCACAAAACAAGCCAAGAAAUAACACAGUUCAGUGCUAUUUGGCAUGGACCUAUUUACAUUCUUCAUUUGGAACAUUUUUAUUUUCUUCCCUGUCGUGUAGUGUACUGUUUUGACUUGCUUGGGCUAGAAAAAAAAAAUUAGUGGUUUCUCGCAUGUGAUCAAGGACCUUCUGCAGCAGCAAGUGAGACUACCACUCCACCUUAACUUUUUGUUCCUCAACUUUAAGAAUGAAAGAAUUUCAAGGCUCAUUUUAUUAAUUUGAUCUGUGUAUCUUCCACUGCAUCCAGUUUUCCUCUGGACUCAAGUACAUUUUACAUUCAGUGCUACAUGGGACUUUUGUGUUUUGUUUUUUUUUGUUUGUUUUUUCUCCUUUCUAUUGGAAGUCUACUUCUGUCUUAAACCCCCCAUUCCCACCUCUCCCUCCAAAAAUGUCACAUAAUGUAAACACAUUGACACCCUGAGAGGCCCUUUCUCACUCAAGUAAUCUGUUUACAUAAACACUUGUAUGGCUCUUGGUAGAUCUGAUGCCACCCAUCACUAGAAUAAUAGUGUGUGCCUAUGUGUGUGCAUUUUUUUUUUUUUUUUUUUUAGCAGUCUUUCCUUUACUGUAUAUUUUUUUUUUUAAAUAAAUUGGUUUUAGUCUUGAAGCUUUUUUUUUUAUAUAUAGUUGUAAUCUUUUGAUCUCAUCGUGUAACAUUGAGUGAGGUAUAAAAUACUGUUGCUUGCUCUGUAAAGUUUUGACGUCCCAUCCUCCUCAAUUAUUAAAAGCUGUAUGUGAAGCUUUACACACUGGCCUUCAGAUUCAUUCAGUCAAACUUUUUUGCCAUUGCUUGAAGAAUUGAAAAUGCACUUAACAAUAAACACAGCUCAGAGCAACCCCGUUCUGUUUUUGGCUUCAAUCUUGAUAUUGAAGACUAUGGUUCUUUUUGUAAAAAUUGUUUGAUUCAUGACAAAAAAAAAUAUAUAACACAGAUGGCAAUCAAAUAAGUUUGGGUUCAGGAUUUACUCCACAGUUGUAUGUGUUUUACUGCAGGGCUAGUUCCAAGACGAGACAACUCUGUUGCUUUUCCAUUAAAUUAGUAUAGUUGGUUCUUGUCCCAUUUCUGAAUAUGAUGUUUGGUUUUGUUUUUUCUUUUACGGAGAAUCAUAGCAACAUGUACGUUUUAUUAGUUUAAGUUCAGUGACCACCCAUUGGAUUUUAAAUAUCGCAGUGGAAAUUUGUCAAGUAUGCUGCUGGAACUGAAAAUAGCAAUAAUAAUGCAGCUGUAUGUUUACCAAAAUGCAAUAGGUUUCCUCAGUACUUGACAACCUUUUGUAGUUGUUAGUGGGUAACAUUUCCAGCGUGUUGUGGGUUACUAAGGCAUUUUCAGUGAAAUUGCGCACAUACCUCUUGUAAUUACCAUUUACUUAGAUUUACACAGCUUUUAUAAAUCCAGUUAGAGGCUACAACAGAGCUUCUAAUCUUUUGGGCUUUAUUAUUUUUUGUUUUGUUUUAGUAGCAAGCUAACAGUUAGUUAAAGAAAUGGAGAGUGCUAGAGCACAUACAAGUUAAAUGCGGAGGAUUUUUUCCUCCAUUUACUGCAUGUACACUGCCAGUGCGACACCCAGCCCCCUUUUCUCUGGCUUACCAUUUAAGGCAUGCUUUUCGUUUUGAAGGGAAUGUGAUAAUGUAGUCAUAUCCAUCUGUCAUUUUUCUCAUUUUAACUAGCUGUUUCAAAGCAUCACUUAAUUUUCUGUAUGAGAGUUCUUGUCAUUUUAAAAUGUGCAUAAUGUAAAAUAAGGUUAAAUUGUAUACUUGUGAAAUAAAGAUUGGGGCCAAGUCAA